UGGCGCUCAGUUUUCCCUUCAUUCUGGUAACAUGACGGCGGAACCUCUCGCGCCGGACACAAAGCCUCCCCGCCGCAGGAGGAAGACCUCCACUUUCUGGUGGUGCUUCCUGGGCCUCUGCGCAGAGGCCCUUUUGUUCCUGCUGUCUACUCUAUCUGAUGCUUGUGAACUACCACCACCAUUUGAAGCUAUGGAACUCAAGGGUGUGCCUAAACUCUACUAUGAGGUUGGAGAGACAAUAGAAUAUAAGUGUAAAAAAGGAUACCUAUAUAUGCUUCCAUUCCCCAUGUUUGCUACCUGUGAACCAAAUCACACAUGGGUCCCUAUUUCAGAUGACGGUUGUCUUAAAGUAGAAUGUUCAACAUUAAAGAGCCCUUCAUUUGGCAGUGUACACUACAUGGAUGGUAGACCUUCAUGGGGUAAUCGAGCUCGAUUUUCUUGUGUGGAGGGUUAUUACUUAAUUGGUAUGUCAGUUCUACACUGUGUGCUUAAAGGUGAUGCUGAUGCACACUGGGAUGGUUCUCCACCACGUUGUGAAAAAAUCUCUUGUGUGCCACCUCCAAAAAUAAAAAAUGGGACACACACCUUUAGUGAUAUUGAUGUAUUCAGAUACCGUGAAGCAGUGAUUUACAGUUGUGAUCCUAUCCCAGGGCCAGAUAAGUUUUCCCUUAUUGGAAUGAGCAUGCUGAUCUGUACUGGCCAUAACACCUGGAGCAGCCAGGCUCCAGAGUGUAAAGUGGUAAAAUGUCCAUUUCCACUACUACAAAACGGAAGACAGAUAGCAGGAUUUGAAAAGAAAUUUUCCUAUGAAGCAACAGUGACAUUUGAAUGUGAGGAGGGUUUCUACAUGAGGGGCAGGGACACGGUGGUCUGCAAUGCUAACAGCACUUGGGAGCCUCCAAUCCCAAUAUGUAUUAAAGGUCCUAAGCCUACUUAUCCCACCAAGCCUCCAGUUUACAAUUACCCAGGAUAUCCUAAUCCCCGUGAAGGAAUAUUUGGCCAAGAAUUAGAUGCAUGGAUUAUUGCUCUGAUUGUUGUUACUUCAAUUGUUGGACUUGUUGUAAUUUGUCUCAUAAUACUCAGAUAUCUUGAGUACAGGAAGAAAGGGAAAGCAGAGCUGAAAGCUAAGCAUUCUACUCACCAGAAAAAGUCAGCUUCAACCAUACAAUCAGAGAAAACUCCAUCAAUGCUACAAACCCCAAGAAGCAAUUUGUCUGCUGCCUCUAAUAUGACUGCAGCUGCAGGAAAAUGAGAAGCCCCAUGUGCGGAAGUCACUACUGUUCCAUCUUUGAAAAUUGGCCCUUCAAGUCUGGCAAAAGUAAAAUUAUAUAUUUGCAGGAACUUCAUUUAUGGUAAUGUGUGUGUGUGUGUGUGUGUGUUUCUAGUGUAAAUAAA